CGUCGGUCCCAUCAGUUCACUCAAUCGCACUGAGGCCAAGCAGUUCCAAUCAUUCCCGUUAGUUCUCAUUUUGGAAACAACCAGCCCCAUGAAUCUGAUCAGGUAUUCAGUCCAAUAGCCUGCACAACAGCGCUCGCGAAGAUGCCCCGGCACUGACGCGACGAGUGCGGAUCGCCGCUCAUUCGCGAACGACGCCGGACACGGGUGCGUCGCGCCAGGGGGCGCCAGCUCCUUCAAAAUUGGCGAUAGCGACGCCCUUCAAAACGCAUGCAAUCAGUGACCCAACACGCGCACCGCGGCGCAACUUGGCAUCACUGCCGUGCCAGAUUUCCCCUGCAUUCGCCGCGGUAACGCUCUUCUCAGAACCGACAGACAGCAAAUCCACAGGCUUGGCGCGGCGCCCCUUCGCAAACGCACCCGCCGGCGCCAACCGCCAAUGAAUCAACGAACCAAAGAAUCAAUGAAUCAAUGAACCAAUAAACCAAUAAAGCAAUGAACCAAUAAACCAAUGCACCGCCCCGAUGCCCUCCACGCGCGGCGUCGCUUGCGAAUCCACCAGCAUUGUUCCAACCAUUGCAUCUAUUACUCAUGAAUGCGCACCUCUAUGGCGAAGUCGCGUCUCCUCGACGGACUCGCGCGAACGUCGAGUGAUAACCACGUUCCGCCACUGGCCUGCUGAUCAUCAACCUCGCCCGCGGACGCCCCCUGGCGCCCCGCUGUGUCUGCGGGGAACUGGCCCAAUGAAUCGAUGAAUCAAUGAACCGAUGAAUCAAUGACUCGAUGAAUCAAUGAGCAAAGGGAGCUGCAAUUCUGCGUAACCGCAACUUCUGUCGCAGCGGCCCCCCGCUCCGACGCCCGCCGAUUACUUUGCUCAUGUGCCACGCCUGCGGAUGCCACCUGGCACCCCGCUGUUUCAGCGAGUGGCCGAACAAAUGAAUCAAUUAAUCAAUGAAUCAAUAGCAUUAAUACUCUACGCCGGCGCGCGCACAACGCCAUGGACUUCCCCGCCGCCUCGCACGCAAACACACAGUGCAGCGCGCGAGAAACGCUCGAUGGCGCGAGGGGCCGUGGCCGAGACAGAAAAUGAGGGGAAGGAGCAGAAGAGGAGAGGAGAGAAAAGCAAAGCGCACGAGCGUGAACGCUAGUUGACGCACGGAGGGCAAUUCCGCACCACGACUGCGGAUAAUCAAAUGACAGGACGACAGACGGGGAGAGCCGCAAUAGCGGCGCACAAGAACUGCACUGCCCCCCAAGCGCCCGUGCACCAAAGCGGUCAAGAGCUCGAAAGAUCUCAUCGUCAGAGGGCUCUGACUCCUAGCCCGAAACCUCCCAAGGAAGAGAGCGGCGGUGCGAGAGGAGUGGGGGAAUGUGGAGGGAGGGGACGGCAAAGGCAAAGGUUGGGGAGGUUGGAGGGGCAUCUGUGCAAAAAAGGCCGAUGGAGCGUCGGCGACCAUCUAGGCACACGAGCGAUGUGGCGGAGAUCUUGCCACUCUCGGCUCGCAGACGCUGCCCGCCUC